GGUGUCAGGGGAGGCGGCGGCUCCAGAGAUGGCAGUGAGCGAGAGGAGGGGGCUCGGCCGCGGGAGCCCGGCGGAGUGGGGGCAGCGUUUACUUCUGCUGCUGGUGGUGGGCGGCUGCUCCGGGCGCAUCCACCGGCUGGCGCUGACGGGGGAGAAGCGAGCAGACAUCCAGCUGAACAGCUUUGGCUUCUACGCCAAUGGCUCCCUGGAGGUGGAGUUGAGCCUCCUGCGACUGGGCCUCCAGGAGACAGAAGAGAAGUCCCCGCUGGUGGGGUUCAGUCUAAGCCGAGUUCAAUCUGGUAGCAUUCGAUCCUACUCAAGCCGAAAUUCCCAAGAAUGCCCUCUCCAGAAAAACAGUAGCAACUUCCUGGUCCUGUUCCUCAUCAACACCAAGGAUCUGCAAGUCCAGGUGCGAAAGUAUGGGGAGCAAAAGAAGUUACUCAUCUCUCCUGGGCUCCUCCCCAAAGAGCCCUUUGAACUGGGGCUUCCGAAGCCAGAGCCCACAGUCACCCCCAAGGCGGGCAGUGCGACCACCACAGGCGACAAGGCCAAGCCAAAACCCGAAGUGUCUCAGGGCCCCAGUGGGAAGGACAAGGAGCUGGUGUUGGGUCUGGGCCACCUCAACAACUCCUACAACUUCAGCUUCCACGUGGUGAUCGGCUCCAGGGCUGAGGAAGGCCAGUACAACCUCAAUUUCCACAACUGCUACAACUCGAUUCCUGGCCGGGAGCAUCCAUUCGACAUCACAGUGAUGAUCUGGGAGAGGAACCCUGAGGGUUUCCUGUCGGCAGCCGAAAUUCCCCUUUUCAAGCUCUACAUGGUCAUGUCUGCCUGCUUCCUGGCUGCCGGCAUCUUCUGGGUGUCUGUCCUCUGCAGGAACACAUAUAACGUCUUCAAGAUCCACUGGCUCAUGGCGGCCCUGGCUUUCACCAAGAGCAUCUCUCUCCUCUUCCACAGCAUCAACUACUACUUCAUCAACAGCAAGGGCCACCCUAUCGAAGGCCUCGCUGUCAUGCACUACAUCACGCACCUGCUGAAGGGCGCCCUGCUGUUCAUCACCAUCGCCUUGAUCGGGUCAGGCUGGGCCUUUGUCAAGUACGUCCUGUCGGAUAGGGAGAAGAAGAUUUUUGGGAUUGUGAUCCCCCUGCAGGUCCUCGCCAAUGUGGCCUACAUUGUCAUUGAGUCCCGGGAGGAGGGUGCCAGCGACUACGGGCUCUGGAAGGAGAUCCUGUUCCUGGUGGACCUCAUCUGCUGUGGUGCAAUCCUCUUCCCAGUCGUCUGGUCCAUCCGGCAUCUCCAGGAUGCGUCUGGCACAGAUGGGAAGGUGGCAGUGAACCUGGCCAAGCUGAAGCUGUUUCGGCAUUACUAUGUCAUGGUCAUCUGUUACGUCUACUUCACACGCAUCAUCGCCAUUCUGCUGCAGGUCGCUGUGCCCUUCCAGUGGCAGUGGCUGUACCAGCUGUUGGUGGAGGGCUCCACUCUCGCCUUCUUCGUGCUCACGGGCUACAAGUUCCAGCCCGCAGGGGACAACCCGUACUUGCAGCUGCCCCAGGAGGAUGAGGACGUGCAGAUGGAGCAAGUAAUGACGGACUCUGGGUUCCGGGAAGGCUUGUCCAAAGUCAACAAAACAGCCAGCGGGCGGGAGCUGUUGUGAUCGUCUCCAUAUCUCGGACCACACUGUACCAUCCUCCACCCUCCUCGUCCAUCCACCUCCCUCCCCACUCCUGCCCCUCUCCCAAAGCGUGUGUGGGGAGGAGGAGGGGGCCGGGUGCAUAAGGCAUCCAGCUCCCUGGGACCCGGGUUCCCAGAGGAGCACAUUCAGAAGACAGACAGCCCCUUCUUUCCCUCGAGUAUUGGGCAGCCCUCUCCUCACCCCGGGAUCACUCCCCACUUCCAGCUGUACAUUAAUGACCAAUCUUUUGUUACCCUGGUUCUCGCCUUCCUGGAGUUUGAGGUCUAACACAGAAGUUAUGUUUACAAUUUAGAAACUUGCAUUCACUGUCGAUUGCUUUAUACAUUCAAUAAAUAUUAA